GUCCACGCGCCGAAUGUAGGUUAGAGCGAAAAGCAAGGGAGAGGUAGGGGAAGGAAAGAGAGACACAGAGGUGCUGAAGAGAAGUGCAUUGUUGUAUUGCUGACCGCAUACGUUCGCCUGUCGGAAAAGUAGCUCUAUUCUAUUCGGAUGAUACGGAAUUCACGUUCUACAGCCGACCUCGCAAUUUAUGACUUCUCUGUGACACUUUGUUUUUACCUAUUCGGACAAGCAUUAGGAAACAUAUGAGGAGUAGUUGCAUUUAUCUUAACUCGCAGCUCCUUUUAGGAGCGAAUAUAAAAUCUGACAUCGGCAGUCCUCCAUACUCUUCUCAUGCUUUGGAGUUCUAUGACUCGCAGAUAAUACAAAAUCAACAUGAGAGCUCAAAUCGAAGUGAUACCCUGCAAAAUAUGCGGGGACAAGUCUUCAGGUAUCCACUAUGGGGUCAUCACCUGUGAAGGCUGCAAGGGUUUCUUUCGCCGCAGCCAGCAGAAUAAUGCCAUGUACUCCUGCUCGCGGCAGAGGAAUUGCCAGAUUGACCGCACCAACCGCAACCGCUGCCAGCACUGCCGCCUCCAGAAGUGCUUGGCCCUUGGCAUGAGCCGCGAUGCGGUCAAGUUCGGCCGCAUGUCGAAAAAGCAGCGCGACAGCCUGUACGCUGAGGUGCAGAAGCACCAGCAGUCAGCAGCCGAGCGCAACUCCACGGUGCCCGUCAACGGUAGCCUGGGCAUGGUGGGCUCCCGUGGCAGCUCUAUUGGGGACAACGGAAUGGGUGACAGCAUGGGCCUGGGAGUGGGCGUGGGCCACAACACGCGCACCUACAGCCGCGGCUCCAGCGCCGCACUCAGCGACCUGGACGACAUCACAGACCUGCCCGACAACCUGCUGUUUGACCUGCCCCUCACGCCCGAGGGAGGCGCUGCCGGCGGGGGCAGCUACUGCAGCCUGGAGCUGCUGGACGGAGGCAGCGGCAGCGGCAGCUCACACAGCUCCUCGCAGAGCUCGCCCGAGCAGAGUUCAGGACAGGAGUUCAGCGACGGAGGCAGCAAUGGCGGAGGAGGAAGAGGAGGUGGCGGCAACACGCACAUCAAGCAGGAGUACCAGCAGCUGCUGCACGACACCAGUCUACUCACACAGACGCUGCUCAACGGCGGAGCUGACGGAUGUUCAAUGAUGGAGAUAGAUCGCAUCACCCAGAACGUGGUGAAGUCCCACCUGGAGACCAGCCAGUACGGCGCUGAGGAGCUCAAGAGGCUCGCUUGGACCUCCUACACCGCCGACGAGACCCGCUGCUUCCAGAACAAGCCUGUGGAUUUGCUGUGGCAGCAGUGUGCCAUCCACAUCACAAACGCCAUCAAGUACGUGGUGGAGUUUGCCAAGCGCAUCACUGGAUUCAUGGACCUCUGUCAGAACGACCAGAUCAUCCUUCUGAAAGCAGGCUGUUUGGAUGUUCUUCUGAUUCGUAUGUGUCGGGCCUACAACCCUGUCCACAACACACUGCUCUUUGAUGGCAAGUUCGCCAAUGCUCAGCUCUUCAAAUCUUUAGGCUGUGACGACCUUGUGAAUGCAGUCUAUGAACUGGCCAAGGGCUUCAAUCGUCUGCAGCUUACCGAUGAGGAGAUGGCUUUGUUCAGCGCUGCCGUGCUCUUGUCUCCAGACCGGUUAUGGUUGACAGACAUGCAGCAGGUGCAGAAACUUCAAGAGAAGGUCUACCUGGCACUACAACACAGCUUGCACAGGACAGGAACCUCUGAGGAGAAAUUGACAAAGAUGGUGUCCAAGCUUCCCAUGAUGAAGUCCAUCUGCAACCUCCACAUUGACAAGCUGGAGUUCUUCCGUCUGCUUCACCCAGACACGGCCUUCAGCUUUCCCCCUCUGUAUCGAGAGGUCUUCUGCAGCGAAAUCAACUUCCCUGACUCCACAGAAGGCUAAGCCAGGCACAGAGAAAGAGAGAGCGGACAGACAGAGUUUAGGGACAGAGAAAGAGAGAGAGAGUGGGGGGAAAGGUCAGAAGCGAAAUGGCUGAAGGCAACCAGCAGCUCAACGACAAUCCUGCACAGAACACUUUAGGAUACACUAACGCCCCCAUUUCUGACCUCUUGCCCUACCAGGGUAGAACUUGCACUGCACCAUGACUCAUGAGCAGGUCCAGGUUAUUGUUCUCACCAGAUCUAAGACACUAUUGGCUGGGUACUGUGCAUGCUACCUUAUAUUAUCUCUUCUCUUUUGCGUACUGGAUAGAGUCAUUUGGUUUCAGGGUUUUAUGUUGCCGGUGCUUGCACGGCCCCUAUUGUGGUAGGGCUAACCCACCUCAUGUUUCUUGGCCCUUAUUUUUAGUAGUGCAGAUUAUGUUGAAUGUACAGUACCGUGCCGUCAAAGCCGGCCACACAGUCCCAGGUUUCUGUGUGUAAUGCUAACUCGCCCAAAAUUUGCGCUUUUUAAAAUGCCUGAUAAUCUGACGUAGAUAUUUGCUCUAUGCUCUACAUUGAACUCAUCCUACGAACAAAACAGUUUAAAGGGACCAAGAUCAAACCACACCACCCACGCCGUGCAGAUAGUAGUAGUACGUUUCUCUCAUACGAAGGCUUUAUUAGUAUGCUAAAUCACUGUAAGUGACCCAGGGCCUAAAGUGGCACAGAGGCCUGAGUUCUUGCACAUGCAACACUAACGCAAAGCACUUAUGGUGCCGACCUGUGCAUGUUGUCGUGCACAGGCACACAGCCAGUGUUUUUAAGCUUUUAUUUUUCUUUUGUUUGUUUUUUUUUCAAAUGCAAUGGAAAACCUCAGUCCCACUUCCUUUUCCCCUUCAAAUGCCACUCGGACAGUGUAUGAGAUGGUGAGAGAGAAAAAAAAAACAAUUAUUUUUUUAAUAUUGCAUUAAUUUAUAAAUGCGCUCACAUUAGUUUGAAAUCUUGCAGAAAUUGAAAUGCAUACAUAUAUAUAUAUAAAUAUAUAUCGAGAGAGGAUAGAUUUAUUAGAUAUAUAUUAUAUACAGAUGUAGGCCCACAUAAAAUAUAUCGUGUCAGAAGGAAAAAAAAUAUUUUGACAAUUCCACAACAGUGAAAAUCCUUUCCCCCCUUUGUUAAUUAUAUGGCUGCCUCAGAACAGAAAAUCUGUGAUUGGUCGGCCGUUUAACAUUAUUUGGCAUCAGCAUUAUAGUUGAAAUUCCAGAGGCAGAUGAAAGAGCACUUAUUGACUCGAGAAGUCACGACCCCUACCUAACCACACACACAAACCUACACCACUGUCACAACCAACCACCCAUACCACCAAUGCCAGAGACUUCAAACAAGGAACGUUGUAGUCGGUCCCUCGCCUCUCUCAGGUCUCCCUGCUGACUGCCCCGUCCGGAAGUGUUCCGGACUCACAGAUUUAGUCACAGACUAACAAACUUUUGCUGGGGUUCUACCUCGCAGAGAGAGAGAGAGAGAGAGAGAGUAAGAGAGAGACAGAGGACAGAAAAGGUGCAGGGCAAGCUUCAGCUGGAAAAGAGCAUUCCGGAGGAGAGUAGCAACUGGAAUGUUGGGUCACCCACCCUACCCCACCCCACCCCCUCUUCCAAACUGCCUAACCCUCCAUAGCCUCCUCCCCAAACCCUAGAAGUGCUACACGAACCUCCAGUCAGGACAAGUACUGGGGGAGGGUGGUGACCAGACUCAGACUCUAGAGACUAUGGCUCGGAAAGCAGCAGUACUUACUGCCGGACACUUUAAAACUUGGCUUUGGAAAGAGAGAGACACAGAGACAUAUAAACGUGGACGAGAAAACCAGAAGAUGAAAAAACAAGCUGGAUGCAGGACAGCUGAGACUCCUCCCCUUUCCGGUUUCAAGGAGGCUUGCUGUCCCACUCUCUCUUCCCCCACAUGUGUGCUCGUCCCAUGUCUUUGCCUCAUCGUCUGUGAGAGUGCUUAAGUGAUUGAGAAUCAGCAAUGUGUUGUUGUCGCGCAUUCACCCUCAUUUUUGUCACCCAUUUCCCUUUUUAACCAUCCACCCCCUGAUUCACUUUAUGGCACAACUUAAAGUGUUGACAGAGACAUCAGCUACCCCCCUGAGUUAACACAUUUUGGUUAUAUAGAGAUCGUAUUUUACAUAGCUACCAAAGGACAGAUAAAGUAACAAAAGAUUAUUUUAUGCAGAUGUAUUUUUCCACACAAUUUGCUAGAGCUCGAGAUCAUACGAUUAUACACAAUUUUCUCAGUUGAUCUCUUUUUGUUUCAUCUCACGAUUACUCGUCCGCAUUUUACAGUGUUUCCAAAGCCUGGCCAUGGCUUUGGCUUCCUCCAGUGUUCAUAACCUCAGUGCAGUACAGUAGUAGAGACAGGGAGGUCCGUUCUUGCACAGUGGCAGAUUCUUAUCUCCAUUUGAGAGACUUUUUGGUGUGGCAGGAAAACCUCUUAAUAACGACCAGGCCCUUUGAGAAGGGGGGAUUUCUGAUGACCCCAUGGGCCAGAUUACAGUACUGAAAAGCUUUUUAAGAUGUGUCAAUAAGCAAAACUUCAAGAUAGCAAUUAUACUCAGAUGUUGUUCCUGUCCAGCUCUUUUAAUGAAAAAAAAAGUACUUCAGAACGUUUCACAUUUUUGCACUGCUGGAACAGUGCUCCUUCUCCGUAACUGUUAUAUACUUCUGGUGAUGAACUUGAUGAGAGUUAAAUGUAUUCAUUUGUUUAGUUUCUGGGUGCUCGAGACAUAAGGGGACUGUGCAAUAAUCAGUCUUUAGUCAUUUUCUCCAUUGUUAAAAUCUCCAGAAUCUCCCUAAAGGAGGUUUCUCUUGCUGCAUAAGCACUCCAGUAGGCAUCACUUCACCAACAACAGUCAUCACAUAACCCACUUUUCUGCACCAGUUAAAGUGGUAACUGACUUCAGUGGAUCCGUAUGGCAGUGCAAGACUGUAUACAUGGCUUUUUGUUAAGUGUCUAGAGUUUUAGAUCACCAAUGUAUGUUCAGCGAUGUACUUUACAAGUCAGAGAAAGAAAAAAACAAAACUGCCGUGUUUUCUUUCCCUAUUCAUGGAAGCAGUUUGACAAAAGGUGUGUGCAAUUAUCUUUACACUCGCAGUCACUCAGGGAGAUAGCUGGGCUCUCUGGCCGAAAAGUGUCUUCUUCAGUUAGCCUAGCAAGACACCUUGCACCGAAUAGAAGCCCUUAAAACCUUGAUCACUGUGUGCAGUAGUUGUUUUCGUGAAUGUUAAUCACCGAAGUAUCAAAGACUUUUACCCCUGUCUGAUAUCAAUAUAAUUACAGGACAUUCGAGCCUGACGUGUAGAAGUUUAUAGGAUCUAAAAAAUAUAUAAGUAUAAAAUAUUCAUUGUAUGUGUAACGCAUACAGUUGGUUUUAAUCUCUGAAUCUUGUAUUGGGUUUUUUUGUUGUGAUUAUUUGUUCCUUCAUUUCUGUCAUUUUCUGUAUUUUUCCCUCACCAAUGUAGUGUUCUCAUUUUGUCUCAGAGAACUAUAAUUCUAUUUUUUUUAAAGAUUUUUUAAAAGAAGACUUUCCGUGCAUGGGGUUAAGUUACAUCGAGUGCUUGAGCUCAGCAAAACUUCAGUAGCGAAAGUACUGGAUUUAAUUUGUCCCUGUAAUGAUCCCAUGUCUGUCAUGCUUUCAUUUUAUUUGAAAUUAUUAAAAUCACAUGUAGAUUUUAAUAAGUAUAAUUUAUGACAUUAAAAGCAAAUUAUAAGAUAUUAAAAAAAACAUGUUUUGAGCGGUAUUGUUGUACAAUGGGGAUCCCAAUAUGUGGAUUUAAGAAUGUAAUAAAGACUUUUACAAAAA